GCAUCAUUGUUCCUUAUAAUUCUUUGUUUUAUUAUUAUUUAUAUUUUGAUAAUUUCCCCCCUGAAAGACCGCUGACUCUAUCAUGGCAAUAAUCGAGGUGAUUAUGGACAUGAACAAAACCACGCUUGCAGCGAACGGUGAUAUUUCCAGUAGAGUACUUCGAAUUCUCGACCUUCUGGCAGAGAACAUCCCAACAAAUGCGAAGACAAAGACCAAACUCCUCAAAACCAGCAACCUUGCUCUACAAGCUCUUGAUGUCAACAAGGAACAAUUCAAUGGUUUUACAUUUGGUGUUACUACAAACGGGACCUUUUCAAACAACUUUGAAAACUCUACAACAUCAGUCAAGCUCUCAAGUUCAGUUCUUGAYAAUGCUGGAACGGGAUCAGUUCGAAUAGGGUUCAUUUACUUCAAGAAUAAKAAGCUUUUUCAAGGAAACUCAGAUAAGGAGAAGAACUACAUAACUAGUGAGGAAGUGCUGUCAAGUACUGUUUAUAACGUAUCGACAUCACAAUUAGCUGAUCCCGUCAUGAUGAAAUUCGCCACACAAGUAGGAUCCAACAUGGGAAACAGGUCGUGUGUUUUCUGGCAGGAUAAAGCUCGUCAGUGGUCCAGCGCUGGAUGUUCCUUGUGUCCUCACCAGUCCACCAAAGACAGCGUGCAGUGUUGCUGUAAUCAUCUCACAAGCUUUGCUGUCCUGUUUUCUCCUGAGAAAAAAMCKWCMWCUGAAGAUGAUGGCGUCCAUGCUAAGAUUCUGAGCAUCAUCACCUAUGUAGGAUGCAUGAUAUCUCUGCUUGGCGUCAUUCUUACUUUCCUGACUUAUGCAGUAUUUAGAAAUCUACUUAAGACCAACCAACAGUAUAUCCUGAUGAACCUGUGUAUUGCCAUAGCUCUUCUUCUCAUCGUGUUUGUAGCUGGUAUCAACAGUACCAACAACAUACUUGGUUGUCAGAUUGUCGCAGUACUCCUUCAUUACUUGACCCUUGUCACUGUGCUAUGGAUGGGUAUCGAGAAUGCCAGCCCAAAAGCCAAAGUCCAGCAAAUAAAACAMAACAUUAAAUCUGGUUCACCGAAAGGAAAAACUAAAAAGGACGUGGAUAAAGCUGUCAACGUUCUUGAAGAUGUUGCAAAGAUAAAAGACAAACUUAAUGAGACUGCUAUUGAUAUCAUUGAAACUAUCGACACCAUUAUGGACGURAACGAAACGAUACUUGCAGAAAGUACGAAUGCUACCAGCAAGGUSGUAAAGAUUUUGGAGCUGAUUGCAGAGAACAUYCCAACAAACRAGAAAACUAAGACUACGACACUUAACACCACUAACCUGCUAUUACAAGCUGUAGAUGUAACCAGGAAAUCUUUUCCAGGAAUGUCGUUUGGUGUCUCUYCACAAGGSACCRUYUCUGAAAACUCUGCAAAGGCAAAAACCUCAGUCAAACUCCCAAACUCUYUGCUUAGUAAUGCACGAACAGAAUCUGUUCGCAUUGGGUUCAUUCGCUAUGGAAACAACAAACUUUUUCAAGAAUCAGACAAGCAAAGCGGUUCGAGAGUUAUUACAAGUAAACAAGUGUUAUCAAGCAGUGUGUACAACGUAUCAAYAUCAAACCUGACCGAUCCAGUUGUGCUGAGAUUCCCAGCGCAAUCAGGAACCACAAUUGGAAACAAAUCGUGUCUCGUCAGUGGUCAAGCGCUGGWUGUUCCUUGUGUUCUCACCAGUCCACCAAAGACAGCGUGGAGUGUUGCUUAUGUGUACAGCAUUAUUGCCUGGUUUGUUCCAGUCCUUGCCAUUCUCCUCUUCAAUCUAUUAAUCUUUAUCAGUGUUAUGUAUCACCUCAAAAACUCACUGGCGACCACAGACUCAAAGACAAGGUUUAAAAAACARUGUUGGACRGCCCUUGCYAUCAUGUGUYUACUGGGUCUAACAUGGCUGUUUGGUGCUCUAGCYAUCUCUGAUGCAAGAAUCGUCUUUGAGUAUSUGUUCUGUAUUUUUAACUCSUUACAAGGUUUCUUCAUCUUUUUYUUUCACUGCAUCAGAAUCAAAGAAGUGAGAAGYCAGUGGACUUUGUUYGUCAGUGGACUGGGAUUYAGUCGGAGAGACAGUGAGGCACAGUCAACUUCAAAGAGAAACGACAAGAGUCAACAUGAUAAUCCAUAUMGAUAYAGCGAUGUACCGAAAAAAGGAAAUAGCAAYGGYGCAGUUGGCGACUCAAGCGCCUGUUAAACUUCUUCCUUGACUUUGAUAUGACGUUUUAUCAUGGAUACUUCCUGGAAAAUAUCCUGCGAAKCUUUYGAGUAAUUUGUAUUUGAUYGUGCAAGAAAAGCGACUAUUUAGUUUUGGAAAAGAACAAUGGAAAACAAUAGAUUUAGAGAGUUAGUACUAAUUAAUAGUUUCCAAAUCACUUGUACGCCUCAUUUCCUUGUCUAAUAACUGUACAUCAUUGCAGCAUGAGAAUACAAUACAUCACCUACAAUUGUAUAUAACAGUUUUAGUUUAAAUAGCUGAACCAGAAAAGACCACACUUUCUAUAAAAAUUCAUAWAAUUUUAUUUCAUCUUAGAAUAAAAAUCAAUUAUACAUUUGUAAAUAAUAAAGUCAAUCUAAUCAGCAAUCAGACAAUAUAAUGGCCAUGUUCUUAUUGAAUAUUAGUGUUCUAUAAUAGUCAAGAAGCCCAUUCAGGGUUUUUUAGUUGUGGACCACUAGGAAUAUAAUGACGUGAAGAUAUACUGAAAUAGCUUGGUUGUCGUAGUUUUGGUAGACAUUGAGUUACAGGUUUAUCUUCAGGUUGCAGAAGAACUAUAAUAUUUAAAUAAAAACUUAUAAAUAUUGCGAAUAAUGACACAUCACUCAAAAUCGUUCAGUUGUAAUUUUGUAAUUAAAGUACAGGAAAAGUA